AUGGCAGUGGUCCUGGAUGCUUUUGCAUCUUACAUUCAAAACAUGCUGACGGAGAUGGCAAAAGAAGAGGUGGACAUGCUUCUCGGGGUCUCUGGUGAGAUCGAUAACCUUGGCACCAAGCUCGGGGACCUCAAAAACUUCCUCGCUGAUGCUGACAGGAGGAACGUCACCGACCAAAGUGUGCAGCCAUGGGUGAGGGAGCUCAAAGACACCAUCUUAAGGCCAUGGAGAGAGUUCAUCAUCCCUGGCUAUGGGGUGCCUCAACCCCUUGCUAUUCUGCAUGAGGAAUCCGUCUUCGCCCACGACAUCGGCAGCCGCAUCAAGAAGCUCAACAAGAGGCUAGACGCCAUCAAGGAGCGCAGCGCUACCUUCAGCUUCAUCAACCUUGGUUCCUAUGAGGACCGCAGUGGCAAGGAGACAACAUCUCGUCUUGCCAACCGCGAGACCUCAGCGCAGCUCGACCGGUCUAGUGUGGUUGGCGAACAGAUUGAACUUGACACAAGGAAGCUAGUGGAGAUGCUAACAGAAGACCCUGAAACCACUGCUACCCAUGACAAAGAUAAUAAAAGUAUGGUCUUGGCUAUUGUUGGCAUUGGCGGAAUUGGCAAGACAACCCUUGCCCAAAAAAUCUUCAACGACGACACCAUCAACCGUGUCUUCACCAAAAAGAUAUGGUUGAGUGUCAACAAGGACUUCAGUGUGGCAGAGAUCCUAAAGAGAGCCAUCAUCGAAUCUGGGGGGGAUCACCAUGCAGCUGGGAAUGCAAAAGCCACACUUCAACGGAUCCUUCAGAAUGCUUUGGAUGGGCACAAGACUAUUCUGGUCAUGGAUGAUGUUUGGAAUGACCAAGCAUGGAGUGAUGUUCUUAAAACGCCAUUUGGCAAUGCUGCUGGUCAUGGUAGCCGAGUCCUGGUCACCACAAGGCAUGACUUGGUUGCACGAGCGAUGAAAGCUAGGGAGCCCUACCACCACGUCGACAAACUUGACCCCAAAGAUGCUUGGUCCUUGCUCAAGAAACAGGUAAUCAGAAAUGAAGAUGAGGAGCCUCUGAUUGAUAUGCUAGAGGAUAUUGGAAUGAGAAUUAUAGAAAAAUGUGAUUGUUUGCCACUUGCUAUCAAAGUAAUGGGAGGACUCCUGUGCAAGAAAAUGGCAAGACGAGGAGAUUGGGAAAAGGUAUUGAAUAAUGCAAUAUGGUCAGUAUCUCAAAUGCCUGAAGAGCUAAACUAUGCAAUAUACCUUAGUUACGAAGAUCUGCACCCUUCUUUAAAACAAUGCUUUUUACACUACUCCCUCAUCCCUAAUAAGAGCACAGUGUUCUUCGUUGAUGACAUUGUGAGCAUGUGGAUUAGUGAAGGAUUUGUUGAGGGGAACUCUGAUGAACUAGAAGAAUUAGCAACGGAGUACUACAAUGAGCUAAUACUGAGGAACCUUAUAGAACCAGAUCUUUUGUAUGUUGACCGAUGGGUUUGUAACAUGCAUGAUGUAGUUCGAUCAUUUGCACAAUAUAUGGCAAGAGAUGAAGCACUAGUAGCACACAAAGGGAAACCUGAUAUUGGUAAACUCAACUCAAAAAAAUUCAUUCGAUUGUCACUGGAAACUGAAGGAUCAGAAGCAGAGGAGUUAGAGUGGAGCUCUCUGCAAUCACAGAAAUCACUGAGAACACUACUAGUAGCUGGGCAUAUAGGGAUUAAAGCUGGUGAUUCAUUGGGUACCUUUCCAAGUCUACGGACCCUACAUAUAGACUCAACAAAUUUUGACGUAAUGGCUGGAUCAUUGUGUCAACUCAAACACUUGAGGUAUUUCUCUAUCACUGACCCUAACACAUCUAGGCUCCCGGUAAACAUUGGAAAGAUGAAAUUCUUGCAGUACAUAAGUCUUGAUGGUUGUGAAAACUUGGUGAAGCUUCCUCGUGGUAUUGAAAAGCUACAACAGCUUAGAGCUCCCCAAUGGCCUGUGUCAUCUACCAUGCUUGGAGUUACUUCAGAUUUGUCGGCGCCAGCCAUCGAGCGUGUUGGACUGGAAUUCUUGCAGCCCCAGCAUGAUCACCACCAUACUUCCCAGUUGGCUGCUGUGUUUCCCAGAUUGCACAACUUAACAUUAACAGAAAUGGUGGAAUGGGAGGAGGGGAGGGAGGAGAAUGUGCAAGCCAUGCCAUUGUUGGAAGAGUUUCUUCUAGAGAGUUGCAAGUUGAGGUGUAUUCCAGUUGGCCUUGCUUCCCAUGCGAGGUCUUUGAAAAAAUUAUAUGUACAUGAUGUACAGCACCUCAACUCCCUGGAGAACCUUGCUGCCGUUGUUGAGCUCGAAGUGUAUGACAACCCCGACCUGAUGAGAAUUGCUAAUUUCCCCAAGUUGUGGAAGCUGGACAUCUCUGGGUGCCAAAAGCUGAAGGUAUUGGAGGGGUUACCUGCACUCCAGAAACUUGAGCUGACAGAUUACGACAUGGAGACACUCCCUAUAUACCUGAAGGAUUUCAAACCAACAAAUCUGCAGAUAGACUGCACCUUAUCGCUGCUGACCUCCAGCCGCAGAGAAAAAUUCAGCCAUGAGUGGGACAAGUUUAGUCAUAUCCAACAAGUCAAGGCAUAUGCAAACGACGGAGAUAUUGAAAGAAAAUGGUAUGUGCUGUACACAAGAGAGCCUUUCAAUUUGGAGACAAAUGUCGCUGACAGAGAAUGGUGA